UUAUCAUAAGGAGUGGAUUAUCAAGGGCUCUAGAGCCAGAGCCUUUCAUAAUCUUUUGCAAUCUUUUUCUUCUUCUUUGAGUUUACAUCGAUGCCAAAGAAUAAGAAAACAGAAUGGCAAGUGGGAGAUCCUGCAAUAAGCGUAGUGAGUGGUCAGUUCUGUAAUCCAUACCCUAUGGAUCUAAUGGUGAAGAGGAAAGUUCAGAAUUUCUCAAAAGAUCAUUACCAAGUGUUUGAUCCAAGUGGGAAUCUACUCCUGCAAAUUGAUGGACAGGCUUUUGGGUUUAACCGUAAAAGGGUUAUGCGUGAUCCUGCUGGUUUCACAAUCCUCACAAUGCGCCAAAAGGGGAUUACGUUGAAGAAUAAAUGGGAGGUGCAUGGAGGAGAGAGCAAAGAGAAAGAAGACUUGUUGUUCACGGCACAGCAAUCUUUAGCGGUGUCUUUGAAAACAUCUUUGGAUGUUUUCUUGGCUGAGAAUAAUAAUGUCAAGAAGGGCAGUACUUGUGAUUUUCAUGCUUCUGGUGGAUACUCGAAUAUUUCAUUCAAAGUUUUCAAAUCGGAUGCUCUCAUUGCAGGGGUGACACAUAAGUUUACAUGGGGAAGUUUCUGCAAAGGAAAAUAUAAUUUCAGGGUGAGAGUGAAUCCAGAGGUGGAUUAUGCUUUUAUCAUUGCUUUGCUUGUUAUGGUUGAUGACAAUGAGAAUUGGUGUUAG